GUCUUGUUGCAUGGCAGUAUGGUAGGCAGUAAGGCAGUGGCCAAUUGAUGCAAGUCUUCGUCAGAAAUAUGACAGAAUGUCGUUGUCGAAUGAAUGUGGUGUGCGACCCCCGUGACAUGGCCUUGGUAACAAGCGCUGCUAUCCCUUGCCGCAAGCUACUUAAUUUCUGUGCUCCUCCCUUGCUCCAUGGACUUGACCGCUAGACAGGUCAACAAAUCAACAAACGUGAAUAACGAACCAGGCUAUACAAAAGGGAAGCGCACAUUUUCUCAAUUGGAUGGCGCGAAGUACGAUAUGAUAUAUAAAUACUUGAAGCUGCGACAGACCCCGAGCACUCAGCUAAAUCAUGGCGCUCCAGUUAUAGCCGCUCGCGACGCGCUUGAUCCGACCACUUAGACUACCCACUGCAGCUGUCAACAUACUUCUUCUUCGCUGCCGCUGCUACUUCUGCUGUCGAUUGAGGAAUGGCUUCGCAGGCCAGCGUUGCGAGCAGUCAGCCAGACCCGCGCCACUUACGAAUCAUCGCUGCAUCAGCUCAAGCCAACGAAGCCCGAGUUCGAGACAUCCUUGCCGAAGAGCCCUCAUGGGUUUCGUCUACCGACCUCGAUGCGCUACGCCAGGCACUGCAGAAAGUUGCUGCUCGCGGCAAGCUCUCCAUUGUCCGCCUGCUUAUCGAACAUGGCGCCGAUGUGAAUCCCAAGCAAGACACUGAGGUCCCUGCGCUCGUGAAAGCCGCCGAAACUGGCAACGUCAACGUCGUCUCCGAACUCCUUGCCCACCAUGCCGACCCAAACGCCCGUAACCGGUCAGGCCAGACGGCAUUGUUCAUUGCUGCGAUCAAGGGCCAUAAUAAGGUUGUAGAGACUUUAGCCGGCGGUCGCGCCGACGUUAACGCAAAAGACAAGGAGGGCAGAUCUCCUCUCCUAUACCUUGCGUCUGAGAAGAAACCCAAGGCUAAAUGGACAAUCGAGACCUUGCGGCUGCUACUCCGACUCGGUGCCGAUUUGGAGGUCCGCGAUCACAUCGGUCGGACGCCGCUGUUGUGGGCCGCCACGAAUAGUAACAUUGAGCUGGCGAGGUUUCUGCUAGAGAAUAAGGCGAACGUUUCAGCGGCGAACAAUCGCGGGCGCACCGCGCUACACCUGUCAGCUGAGAGCAACGACGACGAGAACCGUGACGAGAUGGUGAAGUUACUGCUUCAGCACAACGCUAACCCUGAAGCUACGAGCGAUGGAGGUUGGACGCCUCUCCAUAACGCCGCUCAGAGCGGACAUCUAUCCGUUGUCGCUUUAUUACUCCAAACUACAGCCAGAGUGAAUGCUGAGCUAUCUAAUGGAAUGACACCACUCCAUUGGGCUGCAUUCAACGGGUCUGAAGAUAUUGUCAAACUUCUCCUGACACGACCUGAUGUAAAUACUGGCAAGAAAGAUGGAUUUGACCGUACGCCAAUGUUGUGCGCUGCUGAGAAGCAUCACUCUGGGAUUGUCCAGCUCCUGUCACCUGCCCGGACAGCGAACCGGCUGUCUGCUCUUGAAGAAAGCGCUUGCAGGGCUUUCGAGGCGACAGUCGUGGACUUUGGGCAGUUCGAGAAGAAACAGCUUGUAUCUAAGUACUCCGUUUAUGACUUGUUGUACGGCUGGAACGACGAACUGGAUAAGCCGCGGGUCUCCACAUUGACCAAGAAUCUACACUACAAACCUGACUUUAGAUGGAUUCAUCUCCCUGCUAAUAAUAUUGCGUGGGUUGAAACUCUUUUGGCCAAAUCUUUUAUAGAAGCUGGACAUCGAGAUAUUGAAUCCUUUAAGGCACUAGAAAAGUGUUUUGACCAGGAGCAUAGAGGACCUUUCGCGCAUGCUCACUUCAUGCGCCCUUUUUGCCAUCGAAUACCAUCUCCACGAAGAGAUGUGCCGGACAAGAAGGAGGAGAAAUCAUUAACUACUCUGACUGAAGAUCCAUCGGAAAUUAGUAUCAAGUCAUCGCAAGAUGGAACACCCCUCAUAUCCAGGAAUUCAUCAGACACCCAAGACGAUUCUGUACUGAAAUCCGAUGCCAAAAAGAAAAGUAAAUCUGAGCAGAUCGCUGAGCGUCACCCGAAGAAACACAAGCGAGCCAAAGGACCACCUGGAAAUCCUCCUCAGAGGCAGGACAGCUUGGCGAGCAACGGAAGUGGGAAGCUUUCGUUGUCCCUCCCUUGGGAUACUCCACGUCAUGCGGCCUCACAUGGAAAAAUAGUACUCUUUAUGCCCUUUUUACACUAUGAAACAGACAAGAGGCGCCGAGAGAUGAGCGACGCUAUAAAUCGCGUACACGACAAGAAACCAUGCCCCGACUCUCCUAACAAAGAUAGUUUACUUAUUGAGGCAUACUUGAAUCAUACUCCCCCUUUACAUCCGCGCAGAACUCUUGAUCAAUUUUUUUAUCAUGGAAUUGAUACUUCGGCUCGAGAUACAGAUCAAGUUGUGUAUCGCUUUUGUAAUAGAUAUGGAAUCGAGGCGAAAGUGUUCAUGGUCGAUCAACUAUGGCUCUGGGUUCUUGGGAAAGAUCUCGUCAUUACGUGUUUCCCCCAGCGUUGGGAGCAGCCUAAAAACGACCCAUUGAACGUAUUAGAUGGGAUUAUUGAGGAAACGAAUGCGAAAACUCGACCGCCAAUUCAAUCCGUCUUCGACCUCGCCAUGUUGAUUACUAGUCGAUGCUCUGGGAUGUUUGACCGUAGCCGCCUUGAUGACCAGAAUUAUCAGUUUCUGGACAUGUUCGAAAACUCCAUAGGAGUAGUUACGGACCGCGAAAGCCGGCUUUUUAGUCGCUUCAAUCGCGCCUCGGAGCAGUCAGCGCAAUGGUUACGGCACCAUACGAGCCGAUCGGCUCUUAACAUUGGCUACGAGCAUCUGGGAAAAGAUAGCGCGGAUCAGUUUCUCGACGCAUUGCUCGACAUUGGUGUCGAAACCUCUCUGCUCGCCGAGAUCAAGGAUAUCCGUGAUGAGCUUAAUAUUAUUAUGGGUAUCCUUGAGUCGCAAUUACAGACUAUUACCGACCUCGAAAGGUUUGUGACGGAUGAAGUGCGCGGUGAGGGCUCACGCCGCACAACCGAUGCCGUGGUGUCGGAUAUCAAACGUCGCACUGGUGAGCAAAAGCGAGGCCUUGAGGCAAAACAGAAAGAUGUCAGCCGUAUGGACAGACAGGCUUGGUCAUUGUAUGACGGCCUUACCGACCUGCUCGACUUGAAGCAGAAACAUAGCAAUGCGCUCGAGGCGAGAUUCGCUGGCGACCAAGCGGUCAUCGCAGCCAAACAGGGUCAAACUAUCAUGGUAUUCACAAUCGUGACAAUUAUAUUCCUCCCGCUAUCAUUUAUCGCAUCUUUCUUCGCGAUCAACUUUGUAGAAUGGGAGAACAAUAUACACCUUUCCAUUCCAUAUGUCAGCAAAUACUUGUUCGGCAUAGGAUUUGCCAUCAGCAUACCCCUCGUGGCACUCGCAUUCACGGUUCAGGGGAUAUCUAAUACGGUCAUUAAACUCUUCUCACGAACUAAAGCGAAGUUUGGGGAGAAGUACGGCUUCGCGAGUCUCGGGAGAAACCGCACACGGCAUCGUCACGACGAAGACAUACAGCAUGCACAUACGAACGCGGACCUAUUAACGCUUAGGACAAAUUUUACACGCGAAAAAGCUGAAAUACCGAAGCCGUCUUUCUCAUCACGCCGCGAGGACUACUACCAGCCCCCUACAAGUAGUCCAGGGGGCUGGAACAGCAACCAAUACGAUUCUUCUAAUAAGGCAUGGAUGAGACCGAGCUUCCACAGCCGCGAGCGAAGCGACGAGCAUCAUCGCCGUCGCCUAUCCCCUGUCUCUGCCGCCGCCGAACGUCGCAGAAGAGCGGGCUCGGGGAGUGCGACAGGUAAUAAUAUUACGUGGGCAGCUCCUGAGCACGGCGUGCCUCCCUCUGGGACGAGACCUAGGGGCUUGAGCCAGGAUCUGGAGAGUGGGCGGUUUUAAUAGAAGACCAUGGACAGGCAGAGGUACUCGGCCUUGAGAGAUUAGCUUGAUAGCGUGAUAAUAGAGGUAUAUAAUAAUAAAAUUAAGUUUUCGUGCACUUG